AUGACCGAUACCUCCAAGUCGCUCGACGAACUGACAGUCAAGAAGCGAGAGCUGCCUCGUACCAACAUCCAGCUGGAUGCGAACAUGGUGAGGGGCAGGCUGUCGCAUGCCAAGAGCGCGGAUGAGAUUCUCGCUCGCCAGCGGAGGAGGGCCCCGGUGAGGAUGAAGAGGUUCUACACCACAGAGCUGGACACCGACUUCUUCAAGGCAAGCUUCGACUCCUACGUCGUGUCGAGGACGGUGAAGAAGAAGGGAGGAGGGGACACGGGACCGGACGCUGAGUGCGGGGGGCUACGACUCGGGCUCAGAGAGUGCUUUUGGAUCAACAAGCAGGUGUACGAGGGGACGGGCAGCAGCAAGAGGCUGGACGAGAAGCAUCUGCUCUACCUCGGCUCCCGCGACGGCUUCUUCAACGCUUCCUUCCAUAGGGCUGUGGACCUCAAGGGCCCGACUCUGACCGUCGUGCUCCUCGCCAACGGCAGGAUGUUCGGAGGCUUCUCCUCCCUCUCCUGGCGAUCCAGCAGCCGCGGGCAGUUCCAUGAGGACCCACUUGCCUUCCUCUUCGUCCUCAGCGACGGUCAGAGCAAGAAGCCUCCGGUGAAGCUCUCGCAGAGGAGCACGAGUUCGCAUGCUGUCUUCCACGACCCUGACCUCGGCCCCUGCUUCGGUCGAGCUCUUGCGCUGCAGCUCGACGUCCUCGCCCUCUCCUCGAGCGACGUCUCCCCCAGCUCCUACCGUAUUCCUCCUGGAGCCAGCCUGCCCUUCUCGCUCGCAGGAACCAAGUCAGGAUGGGACGUGAAGGAGGUGGCAGUGUGGCGGGUGUGA